UUUCUGUAAGCAAAAUUCGGGCACGAACGACACAAAAUGGCUGCGCCCAGCAGCAUGACUCGACUUUUGUCCUUCAUGCAGAAAACUGAACGAGUAAUUUACUAUUGGUUGACUGGAAUGCGACCUCCCGGACUAAACCCAGCUCUGGUUUGUUCUGCUGGGCACCAAUGGCCAAUGUCACCUAGCAACCACGAUGAACAAUCUCUACUAGAGUCUAUUUUUGGUAGCACUCUGUGGGCAGCUGUGCCCAAAACUCGAAGAUCGUCAGAAGUGAAUCGUACAAGGAGGUUUGGAAAAAUUAAACAUUUUGAGGCUGCCAUUCCCAAGAAGAACAUUGUGGCAUGUCUUACCUGUGGUCACUGGCAUGAGAAACAUACAAUUUGUGGAAAUUGCUACAAACGAGUCCAGGAAGAAACUAGAGAGAUGAGAGAGGCAAUGGGAGAUGAUUUAGAAUUCCACGUCCCUCACUCGGAAGUGGCUGUACUGUACGAAGGGGAAGACAAAAACAGCCCCAACCUAAAAGACAAAUACAUUGUAGAAAUGAAAAAACCGAGACCUCAGUGGUUCUCCAAACACUUGUUAACGAAAGUCCAUCACUAGUAUCCUGUGGUCAUUUUGAUCAGCAUUGUUUUGUUUAACCCUCCUAGAUGCUAACAUAUAUUUGUGGACUUCAUGAUUAUUGUGCAGUAUUAUAGAUACAUAGCUAGAGUUUUACCUAUUAAUUUGGCAAGGCAUGUAGACUAACACUUUUGUGGCAUUUUCACCAUUUUCAGGGCACUUUUUUUGUUUCAUUAAAGACAAAAAAUAUUAAUUCAAAUAAAAAUACAUGUGCUUGCUUAAAUAAUAAAUGAAUGGCAAAAUAUAUAACAGGCAUAUUUUAUAAAUACAUUUCUCAGUGUUUUUAUAAAGACCAUUUUAGAAUCAAUUAUUGAAGGAAGGAAGGAAGGAAAUGGUUUGUUUAAUGAUGCACUCAACACAUUAUAUACGGUUAUAUGGAUUCGGACAUAUGGUUAAGGACCACACAGAUAUUGAGAGAGGAAACCCGCUGUA